CAACAGAAACUGGUUCCCAAAGGCGGAUGCAAUAAGGACUAACUAUCCUACGGAAUUCCGACCGAGAACACGGAUAUAACAAUGGAGAUCGGGUUGGAACGACCCUUGACCCCUGAUGACUCUCACGCCCCGACGAUGGUCGGCCCAGUGGACGAGUUCGGCUUCUUCUUGCGAGACAAACAAACCGAUCUAGACACGGCGAACGCCGAAUCCAGCGGACUAACAAGUCAGGAGCAGAGCGAAGAAAUUAGGUCUUCUGUCAGGAAAAAAUGACGGGACGGCGGUCGGGCAAGACCGGGGCUUGAUGCCCCGUGGAGCACAUGGCCUGAUGGCUCGCGGCCCGGUCGACCAGUUUGGUUUCUUCUUGCGCGAUGCAGGAAGGGACUCGGAUCCGGCGAGUGCCCACAAACGCUCCCACCACCACCACCACCACCAACAACAACAACAACAGAGCGAAGACUUUUCAUGCGUACAUCAACCAGGAGAGAACGAACGGGCGGCCGGGCAGAAGCCGUGUGCCGUGCUCGAUGGACCACAGGGUACAGCGACUUUGGGAAAGAAGAACCCAGACCAGGAAGUCAUCCAGCCAGCGGCCGACGUGCCCAGCCUCUCUGCGGACGAGUUGCUGCAGCAAACGCCGACCCGAUCUCAAGAUGCAGCCGCGAACAGUCCUCUGCAGCAGCCCCAGCUCCCCGCACUUCCACCCCUACCAGGCCUCCCUCUUCUCCCAGAAAUGAUCACCGAGGACCACGAGAUGCUGCUGAUAAGAACCUCGAGUUCCUUGGCCUGGGCGGUAGCGGCUACGUGUACAAAUGUGCCGGCGGCUUCGCAUGCAAGGUGCUGGCCACGCAGCGAGAGGUCGACUUCAUGAAGGCGGCCGGCGACUGCUCCGCCGCGCCGCUCAGUCGCGUCAUGGGCAAGGUAGACGGCGGCGUCUUGGUGCCGUGCGGGCUCAUUAUGGAGCUUGCGACGCCUUUCCAGUUCAAGCUCGUGCCGGCCGACGAGCGCAGGGCCGUCAUGGACGAGAUGGUCGGCCUCGUCGAGCGUCUCCACGGGCCCGAGUUCGGCAUCGUCCACGGCGACAUCAAGCCGGCCAACCUCCUGCGGUGCCGCGACGGCAGGCUCCGACUGUGCGAUUUCGACUCGGCUCGGUUCGUCGCCGACGAGGAGGCCGAGGGAUGGGAAGCCUUCAUCAGUGAUCGGUACUUGGCCCCGAGCCGCGGCUUUCCCGAUUACGGGCCGCCGACGGUUCUUGAUGACGAUUAUGCCUUCGCAAGCUCCGUCUGGGAGCUGUUUACGGGGAAGGACGCUUUCAUAGACGAGGAUAUGGAGGACGUCCUGAGAGAAGGCAGGACAGUCGAUCUGGACGAGCUGGAGGAUGACGAGAUCCGCGACUUUGUGCGUAAGCGGCUACGAGACGGCGGCGCAAAGGUCUAAUAAGCGCCGAAAAGAUGCCAUCGGGCCAAUUGUGUCAAUUGGAGGUCGGCCCCAUGGAUAUACUCAGGUACGGUUUCUCCAAGAACAUCUUUGGCGUCCCUCGUUUUGCCCCUGAAUUCUGAAUACCUACCCGGGGUACCCACGUGUUCUAUAUACUAGUAGUACGUAAAAGUCUCAGCUUAGGAACUCUUCACGGUGUCUGCUCUUGCUGUUCAUUCUUAGUGCUCCGUACAUGUUUUCGACGGAAGUCCCUUUAGUUGGAGAGCAAGCAAGAGCAUCACGUCCAUGAUACAAUAGUACCCGCGAUAUGUUGGCAGGCACAAUCCAUACAACAUCGGGCCGAUGGAAUUGCGAGAAGUUCG